AUGUCUGGAGCAUACAACGGUGCACAAGCAAAGUUUAGCGAGCAUUUGGAACGGAACAUUCCCUACAUCACUUGCAUGGGCCACAAGGCAAAUCUAUGUGUCGAGCAUUGUUGCCAGCCUUCCUCGCUCAUCGACAAAUUUUUUACUACUUUGCAAGAUCUGUAUAACUUUCUUACAAAGAGUACCAGCCGCUUUGGUAAACUAAAGGACAAGAUUGAAGAGUUACAAGAAGGUUUGAUUAUGAAAAACCUAUCGAAAACGCGAUGGAUUGGAAGAGCAGAAUCAAUACGUGCAGUGUGGUUGAGCUACGAAGUUUUGCUUGAUGUUCUUGCAGAAGUCGAGAACUUUCAAGGGAGUGACAGAGAUGCCAGAAAGACAGCGAACGAUUUGUCGGAGAAAAUACAGUCAUUUGAUUUUUAUUUCUGCAUGUUGUUCACGAAGAG